GUUCAUUGCGAGGUCGACCGUCAUCCGCACCGCGUCGUCCGUGCGCACGUUACUCGCGUUUCUUUCGUCCCGCUAAACGUUUUCGACGAAAAUAUUUAAUUAUUAUUAAAUGAUAAUAAUAUUACGGCUAUUUUUUUUGGAAAACCGCAAACCAUUAAAUUAGUUCAUCGCAAGUGCUACAUAAAUUUAUAAUAAUAAUAAUUCAUAUUAUUAUUAUAAUCGCCGGUUAUUGUUAUUAUUUUUAAAAUUCAAACUGUCGUCCGCGCGAAGUGCUCGCCCACCGUCUCAACGGCGCGUCGUCCGUGGCGCUCGCGCGUCCGAGCUUUUUUUUUGUUGUUUUGGUGUUAUACUCGAGCGCUCAACACUAACGCGUUCGAUAAACAUGAAGUGAUCUCUCCUCUCUUUCUCGCUCUUUGUUUGUGUUCUAGACCAACAAUCGUUUAACUCCAUUUUUCGUGUCUUAACCGGCAAUUUCGUUUUGUGUGUUAGUGUUUUUUCCCCACAUUUUUACCAUCAAUAUCGGUUUUUUUUAAUCAACCCGAGUCUAACGCACAACGGCCAUCACGCUGAAUUACGGAGAGAUCGGAAGCCCGUUCGGAGGGGGCGCGCAACAACAACAACAGCAGAGAUCAACCGGGACGCCGAACAACAACAACAACGGUAUGGCACCUGGCGACACGCUGGACUCGUCCAACCUGGGCGGCGGCUCGGGCGGCAACAAUCCGGCCGGUGGACAACAAGACACCGGUGGCGGCGGCGGCGGCAAUUCGGCCGGCAACGUGACGCCCAUACCGACGUCCAAGUCGGCGUUCAUCGAGCUCCAGCAGAAUCCGUACAACGCCGUCCGCGGCGUCUACCACCCGCACCCACACGCCCAUCCGUCGCACCCUUUCAACCAACACCACAGCCCCCAGCACCACGGCGGCAACGCGGGCUCGCUGCCCCAUCAUCACUCGGACGCGGCCGGCGGGUUCGGCAGCCCUCGGGGCGCCAUGACCGGUUACCCGUUCCCGACAAUGCAUCAAAACUCCUACUCGAGCUAUCACAUCGGAUCGUACACGCCCCAGUGUCCGUCGCCCACCAAAGACGAAAAAUGCGGUAUCGUUGAAGACGGAAGUCUCAGGGUGAACGGCAAAGGAAAGAAAAUGCGAAAGCCCAGGACUAUUUACUCGAGUUUACAACUGCAACAGCUCAACAGGCGUUUCCAGAGAACCCAAUACCUAGCUCUACCCGAAAGAGCUGAAUUGGCCGCGUCCCUAGGCCUUACACAAACUCAAGUAAAAAUAUGGUUUCAAAACCGGAGGAGUAAGUACAAAAAAAUGAUGAAAGCUGCGCAACAACAAGUGUCGACGCCGUCCAAUAAUAGCAGCAACAACAGCGGCCCUGGCCACAUGUUGGGAGGCCCCGGCGGGGCCAACACGCCUAGUAUACCAAAUAGUCCUCCGCCAUCUGGCGGCCUUCUAGGCGGUAACGGUUCGUCGUCCGGCAGUCAGCCCAGCCCGACCGGAGGAUACAUCGGUGGACACGUGGGUUCAGGCCUGGGGCAGCACGUGGGAGCCAGUCCAACACCCAGCUCGACGCCCGUCAGCUGUGACAUGUCCCCCGUGCCGCCGGUACACCAUUCGUCCGGCGUGUCCGGUUCUCCGCCCGUCGUAGCGUGGGACAUGAAGCCCCCCAACCUGGCGCUGGCCACCAACCCCCAUCAUCAUUCCCAUCACCCAACCGCCGGGUACAUGCCGCAGUACAGCUGGUACCAAACGGACGGCCCCAACCAGGGAUUGCUAUCAGUAUGGCCAGCGGUUUGAAACAAAUGAAAAAAAAACGUAGACCGUCGAUAAUCGUAGAUUUUUUUUUAUUGUUGUACCUAUAUAAUUGAACUCAAACUAUUUUAAAUAGUUAUAUAUUAUUAUUGAUAUAUAUAUAUAUAUAUAUAUAUGAUAUAGAUAUAUACAUGUAAAAAUAAGUAAAACAUUGUAUUAUGUGUUUAGUUGUAUCACUCCUCUCCCUCUCUUUUUUUCUGGUUAAGAGGAAAAACGCACUUGUCAGACAUCCAAAUAAUAAUAUUAUUAUUAUAAUUUAAAAUGCGAUUUAUUUUUAUUUACUGUUUU